AAAAAAUACAGAAACCUCAAUAUAACAAUAUCGAUAUGAUGUUCCAAACUUUAACCCUCUGCUGCCUGGCCCUGGUCACUGGCAUCGCCGCUAAUACGGUGUCCACCAACGCCACGGACUGUCCCCAAUUCUGCGCCGCCAUCUACCGUCCAGUGUGCGCCACAGAUGGAAAGAACUUCAAGGAAUUCGCAAGCGACUGCAAUCUCAAGUCGGACAACUGUCGCCGCGAGCGCAACAACGUUGCGGCCUAUGCUGAGACCGAUUCCGCUUGGUGCAGCUCCGAGUUGGUGGACAAUAUCCACGAAAAAAUGGGCAGCUUCAAACUCGACCGCGAAGAGUGCUUCAAGCCCUGCUCGAUGAUCUACCAGCCGAUCUGUGUGACCAAUGGCAAGUAUCGUGCCCACCUGAGCAACGUCUGCCUGUUGGAGACCUUCAACUGCGCCCUGCAGGCUACCGGCGCCCAGCCCACAGAGCUGCUCCGUGUCCUGCGCGAUUCGACCUGCUAGAAAGGACCCAAAUCUGAACGGAACAAUACAGGCUUCUUUUGUUUAAAAUAGUUUUCUUUUUGUUUGGAAAAUAUACAUGUGCAUUUGUUUAAAGAAA